GGUAGUUAAUGAACUUUAAUUAGCCCCUCCCUUGUCCUUAUCUCUGAUCGUAUGAUCUCAACCGCUUGUUUACUGCAGUUGCAAUUCCCUCGCCACCUGACAUUAAUAAAAUUAAAAUUUUGCUUCAUUCGCAAAAAUGAAGUCGGACGAGAUCCCACCUUUGACGUUUUUCAAAAAAAUGCGAAAUUAUUUUAGAGAGUAUUGUGUGUGUACGAGCAUUCAUGGUUUCCGGUAUUUCGGCGAAAAACGCACCAUUUUCGAACGAAUUUGGUGGUUUAUCAAUUUCGUGAUUUGUCUCGCCGCUUGUGGGUAUUUCAUACACGCUGUGUACCAAAAGUGGGACUCUAGUCCGGUAAUUGUCUCUUUUGCAACGACCAGAACUGUGAUUUUCGAUAUCCCGUUUCCUUCGGUUACGAUUUGUCCGGAGUCGAAAGUCGUUCCGAGUAUUUUUAAUUACACGAAAGUGCUCCAAAAGAAGGAAAAUUGGCUUAAUGUGACGGAAGCCGAAAAUACAAAUUUUACGUACAUGUCGUUGCUGUGUGACCUUCGAAGCGACGAAUUUUAUUUGAACUACACUGAUUACCAAUUUACUUAUUCCGAUGAGUUUUUUGAUUUAAUUGACGACGUUAAGCCCAAAUUUAACAUCCAGGAUUGUCGGUACAUGGGGUGGGAUAAAAACUGCAAGGAGCUUUUUACCCCAAUUUUGACAGACCAAGGGGUUUGUUACACGUUUAAUAUGCUUGAUCGGAGUGAAAUUUUCAGUGAGGAAGUGGUUCAUUUUCGCGAUUACCACCACAUGGGUCAUCUGUCCCAUCAAUGGUCCAUGAGCAAUGGGUACGCCCAUGACGCAAACAUUCACACUUAUCCAAGACGAGCUCUUUAUCCCGGUGCUCUCAAAGGACUAACUUUCAGUAUUUUGACCAAGAAAGAGGAUCUAGAUUACGCUUGUACGUCCAUGCAAGGGUACAGGGUUUUGUUGCAUACGCCCAUAAGGGUGCCCAGACCUAGCCAACAGUUUUUCCAACUGCCUUUAGACCAGAGAGUUGUCGGUGCAAUUCAUCCCAUUAUGAUCACGACUUCUGAGUCGGUAAAAAAGUUUCGACCCGAAAAAAGGGAAUGUUACUUUCAAACUGACCGGAAACUGAAAUAUUUUAAGAUAUAUUCGUCGCUGAAUUGCAGGUUUGAAUGUCUGACGAAUUACACGUUGGAUGUGUGUGGCUGUGUUAGUUUUUUCAUGCCAAGAGAGAACGGCACAAAAAUUUGCGGUACGGCCAGCAACGACUGCUUGACUUUCGCCGAAGCUGUUUUGCAAGUUACACAUCACAGAAGCCAACUCAACCAAACGCAACAUGGAGAAAGCGACGAUAGUGACGUUGAUUGUAACUGUUUGCCGAUUUGCGACGACCUGACUUACGAAGUGGACAUUUCGCAAAGUAACUGGGAUUGGAAAAAACAGAAAGACGCACAAGGGCAGAAACACCAGAAUUACGACACUGAUAAGAUACACAUGUCCACACUGACGCUUUUUUUCGAAUAUAACAGUUUUAUUCGUUCGCAACGUAACGAGCUUUACGGUCCCACCGAUUUUUUGGCGAAUUUUGGCGGACUUUUGGGGCUUUUUACCGGAUUUUCUAUACUUUCGCUACUGGAAAUUAUUUAUUUUUUGUCGGUUAGGAUGAUUUGCAACCGGUAUUUGUACGGGUUUUGGGCAGGGCCUCAAAUGUAGAUAUUUACCAUAUGUUUGCACAUUUUUUAUUUAUUCUUGCACAUAGUAAAUAAUAUACGUAUUAACACUA